AUGGCUUCUUCAUUACCCACAGCAUCCACUGUGCUAUCUUCUACGAUGAAAUCACCUCCUUCCGAAUCCGAUGGUUCAACUUCGGAACAAGGAGCAGAAACAACUACCACUCAACAACAAGUGGUUUGGUAUUUUGCAUACGGUGCAAAUAUGAGCUCAAAAGUCUUGAUUGGAAGACGAAAAGUCAAACCCAUGGAGUCCUAUCCGUGCUACGUGGAAGGCUAUGAUUUAGUCUUUAAUAUGAAGGGUUUGCCUUAUUUUGAACCUGCUUUUGCGAGUAUUGAAAAGAGACAAGGAUGGAGAAUGCAUGGUGUUGUGCAUAAAAUCACGAGAGAGCAAAUGGAUCAUAUUCGGAGGACAGAAGGUGGAAAUGGACAUGAUAUGGAUGAUUUUGGAUAUCGUGAAAUUACAGUACAAGCAACAAUUUAUCAACCUUGGUUUACCGAGAAUGACACCAAUGCUGCCACUUCAUACGGAACCCCAAACAUGUACUUCCAAACAGUGGAUGCCAUUGCACUUCAAGGACCACCUGACAUUAAUGACGCCAAUCCUUCCGCUCGUUAUUUGAACAUUUUAAGAAGUGGAGCAAAAGAAUAUGGUAUUGCAAAGGAAUGGCAAGAUCACCUCAAUAACACACUCCAAGAAUACAAGUCUGCUGGCGCUGCAAAGACUUUUGGAAAAUUCUCUUUCGUCCUUAUUAUUCUUCCUUUAUUUAUUCUUCCGCUAAUCAUGAUAGUUUUAUCGCAUGUAGUCAAAGUUCAAACCCCGUAUUUUGUGACACGAAUGUUCAAGCAUCUUGGAUCACUUGUCUGGUGGGUUCAUGACAAUAUUUGGAGCAAAUUAUUUGGAAGUGGAAAAACAAUAGAAGCAAAUAGUUUAUUCGGAGAUGUCCAAGAACAAUGGACAAAACUUUCACAAACCAAUAAAUUGUCAUUUCUUUGA